AUGGACACCCUAGCCACAGCCAAGGCUCUCGCGGAGGCCAGGGCCGUCGUCGCCGGGCUCGAGGCCUACGACGGCUCCGUUGCGGCGCACCAGGCUCUCCUCAGCCGGGCCUCUGCGGUACGCGCCGCCAUGGAAGCACCGUACGACACGGCGACGCGCUGGCUCGAGAACAUGAGCGCCGGAGCCGCCAUGAACCUCGUCGUGCGCACCGGGGCUUUUGAAAAGUUCCCUGCGCUCGGGACCGGGGGCAGCAUCUCGGCCGCGGACCUGGCCUCGGCCUGCGGCGUGGACACGAGCGUCAUGACGCGCGCCGUGCGCGUGCUCGUCGCCAACGGCCUCUUUGCGGAGACGGGCGCCGACACGUACGCGCACAACGCCGGCUCGGCGGCGUUUGCCCCGGGGGCCGGGCUGGGCGGGUUCGUCGGCGUCUGCGUCGACAUCAUGCAGGCGUGGGCCGGGCUGCCGCGGUACUGCACGGACGCCGUUGCGUGCGCGGCCGGCAUGGAGGGCCGCACGUACUACGAGGUGCUCGAGACGGACCCGGCGCGGCGCGCCCUCUGGGACGGCACGCUGCAGGCCAUGGCGAGCAACUUCCCGGUCCUGGGCAUGUUUCCGUUUCGCGAGCGCUUGCGGGCGCAGGAUGGCGGCGGCGGCGGACGGCAUCGUGCGGACAUUGUCGACGUCGGCGGCGGGCGCGGCCAGGCGCUGCUCGCGAUCCAAGGGGACGGCGAGGGCGUGUUCAGCGGCCGUCUUGUGCUGCAGGAUCUGCCGACGGUCAUUGACACGCUGAAGCCCGAGGACAUUCCCGGGAUCGAGCCCAUGGCCUAUGACAUCUUCACCCCGCAGCCUGUACAGGGUGCACGCGUCUAUCUCAUGCGCCGUCUCCUGCACGACUUUUACGACCCCGAGGCCGUCCAGAUCCUGCGGAACACGGCCGCGGCCAUGGCGCCCGACUCGCGCCUCGUCAUCUGCGACAUGCUGGUCCCAGACCGCGUGCAAGUGCACGGGCCGAUGACGCUGUACUGGCUCGACUUUUCGCUCCUCACUAUUGGCGGCAAGGAGCGCUCCCGGUCCGAGUUUGAGGAUGUGUGCGCCCAGGCCGGGCUCGAGAUUGUCGACAUCUACCCGUCCGCGGGCGAUAACACGGUCAUGCUGGAGACGAGGCUCAAGAGCCGAUAG